AUGAGCGAACAAAUGAAUGAUAAUGAUGGUGAUCAUGUCAAUGGUGUGGACACAGAGACAACCUCUACCACGACGACAACUACUACCACCAGUACAUCAAACAAUGGCUCAAUAAGUGGAUCUUUAAAGAACUCUCCAAUCAUUGCCAGUAUAAUACCAGAGGAUGAAGAGGAUAUUGAUAUGGACUUGAAUAAGGAUGAUGACGACGAUGAUGACGUCGAGGCACCACUACCAUUCAACGACGAUGAUGACGAUGAUCAGCAGGUGACUGCAUCGUCACAGAAUGAGACCGAAGAGGAGAGGAAGAAGAGACUGGAGACCAUCGCUCUGGAGAAGGAGCGUCUAAAGAAGAUCAAGGAGGAGCAGAGGAAGCAGAUGGCCGAGAUCCAGAAGCGACAGCGUGAGGAGCUGAUGGCCGACAAGGAGAAGUCCCAAAAAGAUCGCCUCAAGUUCUUGCUGGAGCGCACAGAGCUCUACACUCAUUUCGUUUCCAACAGCACCAAGUCCAAGAAGCCCACCGAUGUCCAGUCGACCCCUACCAAGCGUGGCCGCAUCACCGAGCAGGAAGAGGACGACGAGAUCAUGAAGGAGACCAUCGAGGAGGAAGUACCUCACUCAUUCAACUUCUUCACCUCCAAUCCACCAUACAUCAAGCAUGGACAGAUGAGAGACUACCAGAUCUAUGGACUCAACUGGCUCAUUCAUCUUUAUGAACGAGGUAUCAAUGGUAUCCUGGCAGAUGAGAUGGGUCUGGGCAAGACCUUGCAGACUAUCUCAUUCCUUGGAUAUCUGGCCGAGUACAAGGGUAUCCGUGGACCUCAUCUUAUCAUCGCACCAAAGUCCACACUCUCUGGCUGGACCAAAGAGUUUAGGAAUUGGUGUCCAUCAAUCAGAGUAGUCAAGUUCCAUGGAAACCAAGAAGAGCGUGCAGCGAUCAAGAGAGAUCAAUUGGUAUUCAAGAAGUUUGAUGUAUGUGUCACUACUUACGAGAUGGCCAUCAAGGAGAAGGCAGCAUUCAGACGCUUCAGUUGGCGUUAUGUCAUUAUCGAUGAGGCACACCGUAUCAAGAAUGAGAACUCCCUUCUCUCCCAGCGUGUUCGUCUCUUCCACAGCCAGUUCAGACUACUUAUCACUGGAACUCCAUUGCAGAACAACCUUCAUGAGCUAUGGGCAUUGUUGAACUUUUUGUUGCCCGACGUGUUCUCAUCCAGCGAUGACUUUGACAGAUGGUUCGAUCUUGAGAACUCAGACAAUCAGCAGGAGGUCAUUGACCGUCUGCACAAGGUACUGCGUCCAUUCCUUCUGCGUCGUAUCAAGACCGAGGUGGAGAAGUCGCUGCCGCCCAAGAAGGAGAUCAAGCUGUUCGUGGGAAUGUCCACAAUGCAACGCGAUUGGUACAAACGUCUGAUCAGCAAGGACUUUGAGGCGCUAGCCGGUGGCGCAAAGGGCAGCGGAGGUCGCGUGCGUCUGCUCAACAUUGUCAUGCAGCUGCGCAAGUGCUGCAACCAUCCAUACUUGUUUGAUGGCGCUGAGGAGGAGCCAUACACCACGGGCGACCAUCUCAUCAAGAACUGCGGCAAGAUGGUGUUGCUCGACAAGCUGCUCUCGAGGAUGAAGCAACGUGGCUCGCGUGUGCUCAUCUUCUCUCAGAUGGCAAGAAUGGUGGACAUUCUCGAGGACUACAUGAACUACAGGAACUACAAGUACUGCCGCAUUGAUGGUAACACUGAGAGUCAGGCACGUGAAUCCCAGAUCGAUGACUUCAACGCACCCAAGUCCAAGUACUUUGUCUUCCUGCUGACGACUCGUGCCGGUGGUCUGGGUAUCACGCUCAACACAGCCGACGUUGUCAUCCUGUACGACAGCGACUGGAACCCACAGGUCGACCUGCAAGCGCAAGACCGUGCGCACAGAAUCGGUCAGACCAAGCCCGUCACAGUCUACCGUUUCGUCACAGAGAACGCCAUGGAGGAGAAGAUGGUGGAACGCGCAGAGAUGAAGCUGCAACUUGACGCUGCCGUCAUCCAACAGGGCCGUCUCGUGGAGCAGAGCAAGGGCGCCAACUCGGACGAGCUGCUAUCCAUGAUCAGAUUCGGUGCCGACGAUAUAUUCAAGUUCAAGGACUCGACAAUCACCGACGAGGACAUUGACACCAUCUUGCACAAGGGCGAGGAGAAGACCAAGCAGAUCAACGAGCGCGCCAAGGACCUGGCCACCAACCCCAUCAAGCUCAACCUCACUGGCAACCUAUACGAGUUUGACGGUGUCGACUACAAGGCACUGCAUCAUACACAUGCCUGGACGGGCGACUCGUUCAAGCGUGAGAGGCGACAGAUAGACCCGGAGCUGGGCGCUGCACAGGUGAGGCGCGAGGUAAAGAAGAAGGUCAAGGCGCCCAAGCAGCCCACCAUCCAUGACUUCCAGUUCUAUCCCGCUCGUCUGACAAAGCUGUUUGAGAAGGAGACCGAGGCAUACAUCAAGAAGCAAGAGUACUACGAGAACAAGAUCGUCAACAUUACAAGCAGCAGCAGUCACAUCAACACGAGCAACAACAACAACGCCACAGUGGAGGAGGUAGAGCCAGACUUUGGCGAGCUGACCGAGGAGGAGAAGGAGGACAGGGAGAAGAUGCUCAAGAUGGGCAUGUCAACCUGGGACCGCAAUGACUUUAGGAGCUUUGUGCGAGGCUGCGAGCUCUAUGGACGCAAGGCAUACGAGAACAUUACUGAGACUGUGGAGACCAAGACUCUGGCCGAGGUGCGCGAGUACUCUACAGUGUUUUGGAAGCGAUGCAAGGAGCUGGCCGACUACGACAAGAUCCUGGCGCGUGUCACCAAGGGCGAGGAACGAUUGGCCAAGCACCAGGACACGAUCGACUCACUGAAUCGCAAGGUAACCAAAUACAAGUCGCCAUGGCAACAGCUCAAGAUCAACUAUGGCAACGCCAAGAAGAGCAAGUACUUCACGGCAGAGGACGACGUCUACCUGGUAAUCAUGCUGCAUCGCGUUGGCUACGGCGCAUGGGACGAGCUGCACGAGGAGAUCUGUCGAGCACAUCAGUAUCGCUUCAACUGGGUGAUGCAGACACGCACGUCUGUGGAGCUCAAGACACGCUGUGACCUGCUGAUCAAGUACAUCCAGAAGGAACAACAGGAGGAGGACGAGAAGAAGAGAGAGAAGGAGAGAUUGCAAAAGGAGAAGGAGAAGGAGGCCAAGAAGCUCACUUCGCCCAAGGCCAAGUCGGCCACAUCACCCAAGAUCACCUCUCCCAAGGUGUCCAAGACCGCCACGACCAAACCCAAGGCCUCAGUAGCGGCACCCGCCAAACCAAAAGCCAAGCCCAAGCCCAAGCCAAAGGCCGCCCCAGCCGCUGCCGCUGCCAGUCCCAACAAGUCUGUCAAGCGAAAGGCCGAGACAACAGAGGCUCCAAAGAAGAAGGCCAAGUAG